CGCUCGCCUCGCGCACAUUGUGUCUUUACCGGUUCGCCGCUGCUGCUGUUGUGUUUUCAUUCCGUCUGUUUUCGGUCAUGGCUGCUCAUUCCGCUGAAGAUCCGUUCCCGCUUCACGGGCUGCUUCCUAAGAAAGAGACCGGUGCUGCCUCCUUCCUAACCAGGUUUCCGGAGUACGAUGGCCGGGGGGUGCUCAUUGCGAUCCUCGACACCGGGGUGGACCCGGGGGCCCCGGGAAUGCAGAUCACAACAGACGGGAAAGCCAAGAUCGUGGACAUCAUUGACACGACAGGCAGCGGUGAUGUGAACAUGUCCACUGUGGUGGAGGUGAAGGACGGGACAUUAACAGGACUGACCGGACGUACACUGACGAUUCCUCCUGCAUGGGUCAAUCCAUCUGGGAAUUAUCACAUUGGAAUUAAGAACGGCUACGAUUUUUUCCCUAAAGCUCUCAAAGAGAGAAUACAGAAAGAGCGUAAGGAGAAACAGUGGGACCCAUUACACCGAGCAGCUCUCGCUGAGGCCAAUCGCAGAUUGGAAGAGUUUGAUCAGACUCACCCGAACCCUUCACAGACAGAGAAAUUACAGAGAGAAGAGCUACAGAGUCAAGUGGAGCUGUUAGGAUCUCUGGAGAAGAAGUACACUGAUCUGGGGCCUGUGUAUGACUGUGUGUCCUGGCAUGAUGGCGUCACAUGGAGGGCUGUGGUGGACACCUCAGAAACAGGAGACCUGUCGUCCUGCACCGUGUUGAGCUCUUACAGAGAGAGACAGGAAUACUUGACACUGGGAUACGCCGAAAUGCUCAAUUACUCCAUAAACAUCUACGAUGAAGGGAACACGCUGUGUAUCGUCACCAGUGGAGGUGCUCAUGGGACACAUGUAGCCAGCAUCGCAGCGGGUCACUUCCCGGAUGAGCCUGAGAGGAACGGUGUGGCUCCAGGAGCUCAGAUCCUGGCUAUAAAGAUCGGAGACACUCGCCUCAGUACCAUGGAGACGGGCACUGGCCUCAUACGAGCUAUGAUUGAGGUGAUCAAUUAUAAAUGUGAUCUGGUGAACUACAGCUAUGGAGAAGCCACACAUUGGCCCAACUCAGGGAGGAUCUGUGAGGUCAUCACGGAGGCUGUACAGAAAUAUAAUGUUUUAUUUGUAUCAAGCGCUGGGAAUAACGGUCCGUGUCUGUCCACUGUGGGCUGCCCUGGAGGAACUACCAGCAGUGUGAUUGGUGUCGGUGCGUACGUCACCCCUGACAUGAUGGUGGCCGAAUAUUCUCUGAGAGAGAAACUUCCUCCGAAUCAGUACACGUGGUCGUCUCGUGGACCCAGUACGGAUGGAGCUCUGGGCGUCAGCAUCAGUGCCCCCGGAGGCGCCAUCGCCUCUGUGCCCAACUGGACGCUCCGCGGCACACAGCUGAUGAACGGAACGUCCAUGUCCUCACCGAACGCCUGUGGUGGGAUCGCUCUCAUACUCUCAGGGCUGAAGCAGAACGACGUGCGGCCCACGGUGCCAGCUGUACGCAGAGCUCUAGAGAACACGGCUGUUAAAGUGGAGGACAUUGAAGUGUUUGCGCAGGGCCACGGCAUCAUUCAGGUGGAGCGUGCUUUUGACUACCUCAUGCAGCAUUCCUCGCUGCCCACCAGUAGCCUCGGCUUCACGGUUACCGUAGGAACGCAUCGAGGCAUCUACCUCAGGGAUCCGAUUCAAGUCGCCGCCCCCUCUGAUCACGGUGUUGGCAUUGAGCCUGUCUUUCCUGAAAACACAGAGAACUCGGCCCGUAUCUCCCUUCAGCUACAUCUGGCGCUGGUCUGCAACGCUCCGUGGGUUCAGUGUCCCACACAUCUGGAGCUGAUGAAUCAGUGUCGACACGUGAACGUCCGUGUGGAUCCUCAGGGUCUCAGAGAGGGGCUUCAUUACACUGAGGUUUGUGGAUACGACACAUCAGCGUUCAGCGCCGGUCCUCUCUUUAAAGUUCCUGUGACGGUUAUAAUCCCUACUCGAGUCACUGACAGCCGCAAUCAGGAGAUCACGUUCUCAGAUGUUCAUUUCAGACCGGGACAGAUUCGACGUCAUUUCAUUAACGUCCCUCAGGGGGCUACGUGGGCAGAGAUCUCCUUAAUGUCUCACUCUGUCGAUGUCUCAUCUAAGUUCGUCCUGCAUGCGGUUCAUCUGGUAAAGCAGCGAGCGUACAGAGCCAAUGAGUUUUAUAAGUUCUCUUCACUGUUGGAGAAGGGAUCUCUGUCGGAGGCUUUCCCUGUUCUGCCUGGACGGACUUUAGAGCUGUGUAUCGCCCGCUGGUGGGCGAGUCUUGGUGAUGUCACCAUUGAUUAUGUCAUUUCCUUCCACGGCCUGCUGACAUCACCCUCUCCUCUUCAUAUUAAUGCUUCUGAAGGCAUAUCCAGCUUUGAGGUUUCAUCUCCAUUGAGAUAUGAAGAUGUUUCUCCAACCAUCACACUGAAGAACUGGGUUCAGCCCCUCAGGCCGAUAAGCUCUAAGAUCAAACCUCUCGGCAUGAGAGAUGUUUUGCCUAACAGCAGACAGGUUUAUGAGAUCAUCCUCACUUACAGUUUUCAUCAGCCCAAGAGUGGAGAGGUGACACCGAGCUGUCCAUUGCUCUGUGAGUUACUGUACGAGUCUGAGUUUGACAGUCAACUGUGGCUCAUGUUUGAUCAGAACAAGAGACUCAUGGGAUCUGGAGACGCCUAUCCACACCAGUACUCACUGAAGCUGGAGAAGGGCGACUAUACAGUGCGUCUACAGGUGCGUCAUGAGCAACAGAGCGAGCUGGAGCGUAUAAAGGAUCUGCCCUUCAUCGUCUCUCAUCGUCUCACUAACACGCUAUCACUGGAUGUCUAUGAGACUCACCGAGCAGCAAUGAUGGCUAAGAAGAAGGCAAACUCCAUCACGAUGAGCCCUGGAUCUUCACGACCCUUCUACAUCACAACACUGCCUGAUGACAAGAUUCCUAAAGGUGCUGGUCCUGGUGGAUACAUCACUGGAUCUCUGGUUCUGCCCAAGAGUGAGUUCGGCAAAAAAGCUGGUCAAGCAUCAGCCAAACGACAAGGAAAAUUUAAAAAGGAUAUCGUGCCAAUCGUCUAUCAUCUGAUUCCUGCUCCCAACAAAACAAAGAACGGAAAAGAGAAGGAGAAAGAGGGAGAGAAAGAGAAGGAGCGUGAUGUGAAAGAUGAGUUUUCUGAAGCUCUCCGAGAUCUGAAGAUCCAGUGGAUGACCAAGUUAGAUAACGGCUCUCUAUACGAGGAGCUGAAGGAGGUGUUUCCAACACAUCUGCCUCUUCAUGUUCAGAGACUUCAUCAGCUGGACUCAGAGAAGGAGCGUUUGAAGCGGUUAGGUGAAAUCAUAGCAGCUGCUGAUGUUGUGAUGUCACACAUUGACCAGACAGCACUGGCGGUUUAUCUCACCAUGAAGACCGAUCCCCGACCAGAUGCCGCCUCUAUUAAAAGUGAGAUGGAGAAACAGAAGACGGCUCUGUUAGACGCUCUCUGUAGAAAAGGCUGCGCUCUGUCCGAUCAGCUCAUGCAGUCUGCCACGGAGGACGGCGCAAGUGCAGGUGAGGUGGGCAGCUCAGAGGAUGACCCACAGGGCGUGGCCAAAGCUUUGACUGACACCUUCUGGGAGGUACAGAAGUGGGCGGAGCUUACAGACUCAAAGGUUUUAACAUUUUCUUACAAACACGCGCUAGCAAAUAAAAUGUAUGGAAGAGCCUUAAAAUAUGCGAUGAAAAUUGUGGAGGACAAACCCAGUAAAGAAAAUUGGAGAAAUUGUAUUCAGUUGAUGAAGUCUCUGGGCUGGAUUCACUCCGUCUCAUACGCUGAGAACUCGCUCCCCAUCAUGUAUCCAUCUGACUACACACCGUUCUAAACCUGUACCGUGGUAAAAUCCACCUUCAGCACAGGACACAAGCCUUCAAAUGCAGAUGCUUGUUUUUAACUAGGAAGACUUUGAAACUGUUGGAAACCAAUUAACACGUAUCACAGCAAUCCCAUAAUGCCAUGCUGUGUGGUGAUCUGUGAGUGGAUGGGAUGGAUGUUCAGUUUUCAUCAGACACGGAUCUGUCAGUUUUACACUUCUUUAAUAAUGUAUAUUCUUCUUUAUAAAUCAGGACUUUCUGUGGACGUCUGGAGCGCCUGCCAAAAAAACUAAAACAUACAAAUGGGACUUGUGUAUAAACGUAUACAAUAUAACAGCAUUAUAACUUAAAGGCAAUAUGAUGUAAACUUUCAGUUCUUUGGUUGAAUUUCACCCUAAAACCAAAAGAAGGAUGAAGUUAUAUAUUAAUGUUAGAUUGUGAUGGUAAUUUGGGGUGAAAUCUUUGAGUUUUAUAUGAAUCAAAUGUAUGCAUGUUUUCUAAAGACAUUUCAUGUUUGAUAGCUGUUAAUCUCGUGAUUUAAGUAGGGCUUUUAGUGCGUGUGUGUGUGUGUGUGCGUGAAGGAGAGAUUAUGUUGGUGUGAUUAUUUUCACUUCUGUUCAUCUUUUUUAUGUUUGUAAUAUCUUGAUCACCUCGUCUUUUAGAAAGCCAGCAUUUUGUUCUUUGUUCAAUAAUACACACGCACGCAGUGUCAAAGGAAGAAAUACCUCCUGAUGUGAUGUCACAUCCUGUUCGUCCACAGUAAACUGUUUUUUUUUUCUUUAGUUUGGGUUUUAUUUGCUGGUUUUUGAUGUUCAGGUCUCACAGCUUUUUUAAAUAAUGGCCUUAAAUCUUCAGUCCCGUCCUACACUUCAGGAAUCUUCAUAUCACGUUCUGUAUCCAAAACUCUUGAACAUCUACAGUACAGAUAUAUUUAUGAAUGUCUUGUAUUUAUAAACUAUAAAAGCCAAUGCCAUUAUUUUAAAAUCCUUUUAAUUUCAUCGAUAGACUAUGUUGAUGUUAUUUUAUAUCCAUUACUUCUCAUUUCAGAAGUAUCAGCCGUUAUUUUGGUAAUGUCCUAAAUAAUGUUUAUUGAUGAAAGUUCUUAAUAAAAGGAUCUGAAACUGA